GCUCAACCUCAAAUAAACAUUGGCACUCAAUCACAGACAGUAACUGGCGCUCAACCCCAGACAGACACUGAUGCUCAACCCCAGACAGACACUGACUCUCAACCCCAAACAGACACUGACGCUCAACCCCAGACAGGCACUGGUGCUCAACCUCAGACAGACAUUGGCACUCAACCUCAGACAGACAUUGGCACUCAUCCCCAAGCAGACACUGGUCCUUGUUCACCCCUACAUGCUGUCCCUAGGUCUGACGCAGAGUCCAGCAGAAUUUUAAGGUUUGAUGCAGCUUUAAUACAUGCAGAUGAGGAUUAUGAGCUGGCCGAUGAAAUCCUGAAUGGCAUGAAAGACAUUGUAUUGGAAGAUAACCAGAAGGCAAAAGUGUGUUUAUUUGAUCAUCCACAGUUUGGUGCUGUAAUUACAGACAAGGCCAGUGAAGUAAAAAGGAAAUGUAAUAUCGCCUUUAUAUUACUUACCAAAAAUACAAAAUCAGAUCGGAAAUUUGAUUUUGUCUCCAAAGAAGCAGUAGUGGGUGCUUAUUUUGGCCAGGAAGAUCCUGAAAGACCACAUGUUGUACUCCUUCUGCAUACACAGCCUGAGAGAGAACGUGAUUAUGACAUUCCUGAAGGAUUUCUAAAUUCAGAACAUUACAACUGGUUUAAGCCUCUGUCCAGGUGCACAAGGAAGAUUGGAACACUGUUCAGUCAUUACCGAAAACCUGCACAUCUUCGAUCAGGACAUGGCAGUAAUGUCAAAUGUGGCCAACAGUCUGCACUUGCAAGUGUUGCAAUGGAAACCCAGCUUUCUGAGAGAUCUCAAGCAUUAACAUGGGCUAUAGAAAGAAGUAUGGGACAUUUGACAAAAUGGAAAGAAGACGUUUUCUACCCGACAUUUGCAACAAAAGAGGCAGUGAAUACUUUAAUGCGCAAGGGAUCAGUGUUCCUGGUUGGGAAGUCUGGUAUCGGCAAGACAUCAAGUGCAUAUCAUAUCAUCACAGAAUUCUUGAGCAUGAUGAGAGAGGAUAAAUCUUUUGAACCUUUAAUCAUUUCUCACACUGAUGAAAUCAAACUCUUGUCUCAAAAUGACUCUUUUAUUGUACUUGCUGAUAACAUAUUUGGCAAAACAAAUUUCACCCCAGCACUUCUUGAAUCAUGGAAGGACUAUUUUCCUCUUCUUGAGAAGUACGUUCAGAAUGGUUCUCUGUUUUUCAUUGCUACAUCCAAAGAUCAUAUUAAGGAUGACUGUCAUGCUCACAUAGCUGACCUGUCUCUGCUGCAAAAUAUGAUUGAUACCACAUCAGAAGAAUACAGAUUGAAAACACAUGAAAAGGAUAUAAUGUUCAUGGAAUAUUUAGAAAGGUACCAAGUGGAAAUGCCAAAGCAUGAAAGGAAGAAGUUCACCAAGUAUGAUCUUGACAUAGGAUUUCCCCAGUGCUGUAAACUAUAUUUCACAAACACAGAUGCAUCGGGUUUGGGACCAACAUUCUUUCAAAAACCAUAUCUUCAAUUGGUUGUGUCUGAUUUGAAGAAAAGGGAAAAGGUAGCUUACAUGGUGUUAGUUUUGGUUAUUUUCGAAGAUGGAAAAUUGGCCAUUGAAAAACUAAAUCCAUUUUCCGAGCUUUCAGAGCAGCUUUCAAUGCUUGGACCAUUGAAACAGGCAUGUGGCAUCCAACAGAACAUUUCAAGUGCUGAGAUAAGGGAGAAGGCAAAUGUCCUAUGUAAGAUGGGAUAUUUACAGUUAAACUUUGAUCAGCAGUUUUAUGAAUUUUCACAUCAAUCCAUAUACGAUGUGGUUGGGUUUACAUUUGGAAAGGACUAUGUUAAUGAAAUUCUGAAAUUGUGCCCAUUUCAGUUUCUUCUUGACCACACCAUCCUAUCGUCAAGACUUGAUGACAGAAAGCAGAGUAAUAAGCAUGCUGUUUCAAUUCCAGAGUGUUACACUUCAUCCUUGUUAAAGAGAAUUGUACAGGACAUUGACUCUGGCAACAUUAGAAUUUUAGAACACAAUAGUUUCUGUUCUGUGGAAUUUGUUGAAAAAGCUUUUGAAGAUAGCGAUUUCCGAAGGUGCUUGGAAAGGUUACUUAGCAACACCAACUUACAGGAGAAAUUAAAAAAAUCAAAUCUGAUAUAUGUUUUAUCUGCAUAUGGCAGAUACAACUUUCUCAUGGAGAAACUGGUGUCAUUUGUGACAGAAAUGAAAGCAGAUGGACUCGGUGAAGUCUUGCAUGAUAUUCUUGAAGGGACUUGUACUUCAGGUAGUGAAAAACUUUUCAAUUUUGUAAUUGAUGUUGGGAUUAGCCCCUGUAAGCAGUGUAUUCUACGUGCAUCAGAAUGCAAUUUGGAUGUACCUGGAAUUAUGGAAAAACUCAUGUCAGCAUCAGUUAGUAAACCAAUGAAGUUGGUACUUGAAAAUCUGGUGAAACGCGGAAGACUUAAGACUUUGAAACACAUCUCACAAAAUGUUGAUUGGCAGCUAUUGAAAGUAUCAAGAAGAAAGCAAAGACUUUAUAGUUAUGUUUGUUCAUGUGGAAGCUUUGAAAUGAUCAAAUUUUUACUUGACACCAUUGGAAAGCCAGAUCGACAAAAUGAACUCUUGAAGGCAGCAGUGACUGGUGACAGUGAGGAGAUUCUCAAGUAUCUACUUUCAGAAGAAAACAAAAAUACAGUUGACAGACAUGGUCGGACUCUUCUGCAUUAUGCAUGCUUGAACAACUCACCUCUGUGGAAGUACCUCCAUGAGAAAGGUGUUGAUUCUGCCAUGGUGGAUAAAUAUGGGGCAACAGCUCUACAUCUUGCAUGUGAAAGUGGUUCUGUAGAAUUUGUGAAGACUCUGAUUUUGGAGGGUUUUGAUGUGACAGUCACCAAUAUUGCUCCAAAUGACCUGGGAGGGUUAACAAAGUUAUCACCUUUGCAUUCAGCUGCAAAAAAUGAUCUGGGAUGGUCCUUGGUGGAACUUUUGAUUGAAAAUGGACCUGCAGACAUGAAGGAUGGAGCAAUGGUUAACUUUACUGAUAGGGAUGGAUCAACACCUUUACAUAUUAGCAGUAAAGUUCCAUGUGCAGUAAAGAUGAUUAGAACCUUAAUAAAAUACAGGUGCAACACUGAAGAGAAAAACAAAGAGGGAAGAACAGCUCUUCACAUCGCAGCUAGAGCCAAUAUUCCAAGCAAUAUUCAGUGUCUCUUGGACAACAAUGCAACUGUGAAUUCAGUUGACAAUAACCUGAAGACUCCUUUGCAUUAUGCUGCAUCAUUAACUCCAACAUCUAAAGAUGAUUUGGAUGCUCAGAGUAAUUCCAUUGGUGCUUUGCUUUCACAAAAUGUAGAUGUGUCUUUACAAGAUGCACAUGGAAACACUGCAAUACACAUUGCUGCUAUCAAGAAUAUAUCUAGUAGCAUAUUUGAAAAGCUGCUGAAAAAGGCUGAACAUGUACAGCAUAUAGACUAUAUUUCUGUGUUGAAGUACCUUAUGGGACCAAAAGCAUCAACAAUUAACAUCUGCAAGCUAUUGAAGUAUCAUCCGGAGACAAUUCAUUCAGAUGGUGAAUCUUUUCUUCAGAUUGCAUUGGCUACUGGAUCUCCAUUUGAGGUUGUGAGACUUCUCAUGGAAAGAAAAGCAUCAGACAUGUCAGUAAACUGGGAAUGUAUUUCAUUGAGAGAUGCUCUCAUUGGAUACAGCUUUGAUGAAACUGUAGAGUUCCUGCACAUAUGUGAAGACUGUUUUUCACCAGAUGUGAUGCCUUGUUUAAUGCACUUCUUCUGUGAAAAGAAAUUCUCAGAUGAACAAUGGACAAAAGUUAUGGAUAUUCUAAUGAAGACCCCAUCUUCUCUGUCAGCAGAAGACAAAGAUAGUCGCACAGCUCUCCACAAAACAACACACUCUCCAAACAGAAUUGAGUAUCUCAUAAAACACAGUGCUGAUAUUAAUGCUCAGGACAAUCACAGGGAAACAGCUCUGCAUGUGGCAACACGUCAAGGGCACACAGAGGGAGUUAAAUGCCUUUUGAGAAAUGGAGCUGACAGGUCAAUCAAGAAUAUAGCGUUUGAAACACCUCUACUUGUAGCUAUAAAAAGCAGCCUACCACAAACCAUAUCUUUGAUUCUAAAGUCUUAUACAGUUUCUCAGUUUUGUAAUUUGAUACUAACACAUCAACUUGCUUUCACACACCACCUUGUUAUUAUGGAAACACAGAAAGGAAUCAUGAUAUCAGUUCUCACUGAAGAUGAGCAUAAGGCUUUAACAGCAUAUCAUCUUUCUUUUAGUGAAGCCAUUAUUCUUGAAUUGCUAGCAGAGUCUAGUGUGGUCGAUGUUUCUGAUGCUUCAGGGAAUACAGCUCUUCACUAUGCAGUUUCUAGAAAACAUCUGUUUGUCAAAAUUCUUUCAUCAGGUGCUGAUAUAAAUUCAAGAAACAAUGAAGAACAAACAUGUCUUCAUCUAGCCUGUAAGUGGAAAAUGAAUUCUGAUAUGAUUCAGUAUUUACUUGAUCGGGGGUUGUCACCAUGUGCAGUUGACGCUAAUCGGUACACACCUCUGAUGUAUGCUCUAUCCAGUGGACUUGAUGAUGUUGGAUUGAUAAAAGGUCUGUUGGAACCUUUCUCAAGAGAAAAUGAAAUAUAUUCAAACAUCCUACAUCUUGUUGUUGAGUGUGCACCAAGAGAAGUUAUUGAACAUGUGCUACAGGUAGCUCAUAUGUUUAUUUGGACACCAGACAGCAAUGGCAAGCUACCAAUACACUAUGCCAUUGCAAGAGCAGAUACUAACAUUGCCAUAACAAUCAUCAAAGCAUUGAAAGCAGAAUACAAAGACAAAAACAAACAAAGGAGUACUAACUUAUCAACAAUAAUGAAAGAGUAUGAGGAUAAGGAAGACUCAUUGUUGCAUGUUGCUGCUACUUAUGGUAAUGUUGAGAUGUUGGAAAUUCUUCUUGGAGAAGGUUUUGAUGUGAACACUCCUAACAAAGAAGCUAACACGCCACUCCACCUAGCUACAGAAAGUGGACAUGGGAGCGGUAUGGAACAUUUGCUAACUGUUGGAGCCAACCCCAAUGUUUCCAAUAAUGAAGGACUUACACCACUGCAUGUAGCAUCAAGCAUGGGAGCAAAGGAUUUGAUUCACAUAUUGCUUACAAAUGGAGCUUCAGUCAACAAAUGUAGCAGUAAACAUGGAAGAACAGCGUUACAUUUUGCAUGUGGAAAAAACUUUAGUAUUGAGUUCAUGUCCUCUGUCAGUAAACUGAGAAGGGCUGAGUACAGAGAAAAGGAAAAAUGAGGACGGUAUGGACUAGUAUUCUUGGUAUUGCUGGUGGUGUAUCUUGUGUUAAGAUGUUAAUUGAUGAAGGACUUUCUGUGAAUCAAAAAGAUUUCCAUGGGAAAACUCCACUCCACCUUUCAGCUGAAAAAGACAACACAUUAAUAACCAAGGAACUAAUGAGAAAUGGGUGUGAUAUAGAUG